CGGGAGCAGCGCUCCGCCCGCGGGGCCGGGCGGGCCGGGCCGGUGGGAGCCGAGGACAAAGGUGACCGUGCUGGAGCCGUGCCCCAAAGCCCCCUCAGCCCCCUGGCACCAUCCGACCCCGGACCCAGCGCUCUCACGGCCACCGCGGCCACUCGCGCGUCGUUGAUGCUGGUGAGCGCCGCACACCGCAGGUAGAGCCCAGGGCGCGCAGCCAUGAAGCUGAACGAGCGCAGCUUGGCCUUCUACGCCACCUGCGACUCCCCGGCCGACAACUGCGGCUUCCUCUACAAGCGCGGCGAGCGGCACACGGCCUAUCACCGCCGCUGGUUCGUGCUCAAGGGAAACAUGCUCUUCUACUUCGAGGAGCGCGACAGCCGGGAGCCCGUGGGCGUCAUCGUGCUGGAGGGCUGCAAUGUGGAGCUCUGCGAUUCGGCCGAGAACUUCGCCUUCGCCAUCCGCUUCGGCGGCAGCAAGUCCCGCACCUACGUGCUGGCGGCGGAGAGCCAGGAGGCCAUGGAGUCGUGGGUGAAGUCGCUGUCCCGAGCCAGCUUCGACUACAUGCGGCUGGUGGUGCGGGAGCUGGAGAAGCAGCUGCAGGAGAUGAGCCGGGGGCUGCCCGGAGGAUGCUCCCAGGACGCUCCCGGUCCUUGGAAGCCGAAGCCGUCGGGGCUGGAGCAAUGCCGGGAGCGGCUGCCGGCUCUGCCCGCCGUCCCGCCGAAGGAGAACGGCUGCGCGGUGUGGAACAACGUGCUGGAGGCCGAGGAGCGGCCGCCCGACGCCUCUGGGCACGAUGAGGAGGGGGCACCGCGGCCGCCGCCGCUGCCGCCCCGCCGGAGGGUGUCGAACGGCAGCGGGACAGCGAGCGCCGUGGCACAGAGCCCGUCCACCUUCUGCCGCCUCCACGAGCAGUACAGCCGGGAGGUGGCCCGGCUGCGGCAGGACUGGCAGCAGAAGCGGCGCGGCUCCCAGCCCUGAGCGGCGGAUGAGCCCUGGGAACCUAGCAGGAGAUGGGGCAGGGUGGAGGUGGCCGUCCGUGGUGAUGGACAUGUCCCCUCCUCGCCCCGGGGUGUCCAGACCUGGCUGUGGUGGUGAUGGUGGUGCCAGCGAGGGCUGGGCACCAAGGGACACCAGUGAUGGUGAAAUGGGCACCAUAUAGGUGCCCUCCAGCCAUCCCUCGUAUGAGUUUGGGAUGCUCCACUCAGCACGAGCAAACUACAAACCACUCACUGCCUGAGUGGAAAUCAACAUCUGUUCUGGCCCUGCUGGGGCCUCUGGGUGCUCUUGCAGUGGGAUCACACCCUGACAACUUCUGGAGGAGGAUUGUGAUGGGAUCUUGCCCGCCUGAGCUCCCAUGUAGGUUCCACAGUGGAGAGCCUGCCACCGACUUCCCCUCCUGGCCCAGCACAGGGCUGAGGUCGGCUGAGCUCUGCCAGAUCCCUCUGCUCCAGCAGGAUGUGGUUUGAAAUGAAAAUAUCAGUGAGCGCAGCCCUUCCUUAAUGGCAGCAGCAGCUCCGCACGCUCCGGGGAGCUGGUGACGCCCAGCCCCGGGCAUUUCACAGGGAGCAAUUGCUGCUUGCAGCCUGGAUGGUGAAUGUGGGGGGGUCAGGACCCUGGGGGAGUUCAGAAACUGCAGGCACUGCUUUGCUGGUGGGUAUUUUGGGACAGCACAUCAUCCCCGUGCCAGCUCACUAAGGGGAAGCUUCGCUGGUGGUGGCAAAUGGGAACGUGUGUGUCAGCAGCAGAGCGUGAGGAAUGAUUCAUGUGCCAAACCAGAGCAAAGCUGGUGUCUCAUGCCUGUGUUCCUAUCUUAUUUCCACAUCAGAAACUCAAGCUGCUGGCCCAGAGGUGGGGUGACCCACUCUGGAGCAGGGGGGAGCAGUCAGGGUGCCCUGGCUCAGGGCUGGGUGGCUCCAGCUCCCUUUGCUCCCUUGGGACAGGCACAGGAUUUUUCUACAAUAAAAGUUGUAGAUUUUUCUACAAUAAAAGUUCAGAACUUCCCUCCC